GACUACCACCUCCUGCACGACGUGAGCGGCUUCCUGUCGGCCCAAGGCGCUAUUGCAGACCCCGGCCACAGCCUCAAGCUGGAAGAAGUGGACAGCCAGCAGCUACUGGCCGACACGGAGGCGCUGCUGCAGUCACUUCAUAGCGCUACUUCGACCAAAAUAAAGUCCAAGCAAGACAUCGCCAAAGAGAAGGCCGGCCAGCGUCGAGACGCCUACCGCAAGCGCCUUAAGGUGGAAUGGGCAACUUUACGGCAACAAGACGUCGAAUUGAGUCAAGAGUUGGCCAAAUUGCAGCAACUCAAGAGGCAACAAGCAACUCAAAGUGCUCCAGAAGACUCAUUAGCUGCUGGAGCAUGGAGAGCAAUCGCUAUGAGGCAGUACGAGAGCAGAAUGGAGGCUGAAGCUCUACAGAAGAGGCUCCGAGCUGCAGUUAACAGCCGAGCGGUGAUGAUCCAAGAUUUGGAGACACUUUUGAGGAAAAGAGUGCGGGAAGUCGAAACUUUGACUUCCGUAGAAGACGUUCCAGAACUUUUCGAGAAGAAGGCGAGGCUCGGGACCAAAGACGCCAUGCUCUACAAUACCUACUUUGAAAAUCUGGACGCCCUUUACGAGAUGAGCGGCGAAGUUUUCCAACAAGUUGGAGCCACGCCGACGCCUGGCGGGAUUUUGAGUGGAGAGCCGAAGAGGAAAAUGGACGGCGACUCGGAGUACUUUGAGACCAUGGGGGUGGGUAGAGUGCCCUUCAGCUUCCAGCGGACGUGUGACGCAGUGUGGGAAUUGGCGUCUGUGCCGCAUCGACAGGACGGACGAAAAGUGUAUGACGGGCUGCCGGAUCCGGAGAACUCGUUGGCGCUGCAGUUUUGCUCCCCGCUUCGAAGAAACAGCGGGGAAGAGUUCAAUCUGCGGACGUAUCAUGUUUCGCGACGGUAUAUUGAGAAGGAGAGGAUGGUGGUGGUCUGGCGAGCGCUUUCUGAGGCGGAUGGAGAGUUCCCCGGAUUGAACUCGGACGAGACGGGAUGGUGUAUCGUGCAUGCACCGACAAAUGGUGCGGACCCGUCGACGACGCUGGUGCAGGCUUGCAUUCGCUUAGUGCCCAUGCACUUUCAGGAUGGAAACUCGGACAAGGAGGGGAAGAUCGACCAGUUUAUGGAACUUUUGGUCAAAACUGGCGUGGAAGACAAUCAAGAGAUCGAGCGCAUGAUGGAGAGACUCUUGCUGGACGACGCACUCGCUACGGACGGACUGGAAGUCGACGAGAACGGCGACUUGGCUUCG